AUGGCCGCCGUAUCCCCCGAGCAGGACGUUGUUUCUAGGUAUGAAGAUAUCGUCAGGACUGGAACUGUCUUUGCCCGCCAGAUCGAUUCUAACGAAAAGUGGGACUCUUCUGCCCCUGGCAACGACGCUGUGUUCGCUUCAUUCGACGAGUUCGCCGAUAGAAACCGACGGGUGCUCGACAUUUUGAUUAACAAGGCAGGUCCUAUCGAGAACCUGUCCGCCAUUGGCGGGCGCGUCGCCACGACCCUCGACCAGGUCAAGGACACUUAUCAUACUAUCACCGCCAACAUUGCCGCCCUCUCCGACGGGUUGACCAAGGACAUGAAGCUGUUAGGCGACUCUCUGGAAAACCUCGUGACCCUUGCCAUCCAGAAAUACAGUGGCCGCGGAACGCAGAAGCGGGCCGAGACCUUCUCCGCUUAG